AAUGGCUGAAGGCCUAUAAAAACACUUACCUCCAGAACUUUGCAUGCUUGGAUUUGUGGGUUGUUUUUUGAUUUGGUACAAUAAGCUGUCAGUGUGCUGGGUUUGUUGCUUGGUUUUUAUUAAGCCAUGGAUCAAGGGUGGAAAAGGUUACCCUUUUUAGUAGUCUUCCUGCUAUUUUGGAUGAAUGCUCCUGGUUAUGCAUAUUUAACUUAUCCAAAUGCUGGCCAAUGGUGGGGUCAGCCUACUGACAACGCAUUCUUGCCUCUUGUGGUCCAGUCUUCUGUGCCAGAAUCCCCUGUGACUGGGGUUUUGCUUGAAGAAGUGGUCUCUAGUUUCCCAAAAAACAGUCCUAAGUUUAAUCUACUUCAGGUUGUUAAAGGUGGUGUUUCCAGCAGUUCUGACUCUACACCCCAAGCUCUAUCUCCAAAUACCCCCUCUUCAGCUUCUCUGCCUGUGGAUCAAUCUGGUAUGAGUGGUUUAGUGUCACUUCAGGGUUCGUCUGGAUCAUCCACUUCAAGUGGUUCUGGACAACUUGUUUUUGCACAAGGGGAAGGUGGCAGCUUUGCAUUGAAGACUGGAGUUACUGGCCAGUCUACUAAUGAUCAGAGCUCCCCUAGUCCGUCUAGUUUAGCUUCACAAGGUACCACCUAUGGUGUAAUUACCCAGGCUCAAGGUGCAAGUCAGUCUGCUCCAGGAUCUUCAUCCCCAUAUACAACCAUAUCAUUGCCCAAAUAUGUUACUAGUCAGUUGAUAACUGGACCAAGUUCAAAGCAAUUUACCUCCGUCUAUGGCACCCAGACAGGAUCCUCUGCCCCUUUCACUUUGAAAGAAAGUACCACAUAUGGUGGACAAAUCCAGACUCAAGAUGCCACAAGUCAAUUAGUUUUGGGAUCUUCAAACCCUUACGCAUCUGUAUCAUCACCCCAAGUUGUUACUAGUCAGUUGACGCCUGUGCCAGGUUUGAAGCAGGUUACAUCUGUCUAUGGCACUCAGACUGGUUCUUUUGCUCCCUUCACUCUGCAAAAACUAUUCCAGGGUAAAGGUUCAACAAGCCCGGUUUUUUCAGUACCUUCAACCCCAUACGCCUCUGUAUCAUUGCCCCAAGGUGUUACUAGUCAGUCGACCACAGUGCCAAGUUCAAAGCAGAUAACCUCUGUCUACACCACCCAGACAGGAUCCUCUGCCCCUUUCACUUUGCAAGAACUACUCCAGGGUCAAGAUUCAACAAGCCAGGUUGUUUAUGGAUCUUCAACCCCAUAUGUAUCUUUAUCAUUACCCCAAAGUGUUACUAGUCAGUCAACGACAGUGCCAAGUUCAAAGCAGAUAACCUCUGUCUACACCACCCAGGCAGGAUCCUCUGUCCCUUUCACUUUGCAAGAACUACUCCAGGGUCAAGAUUCAACAAGCCAGGUUGUUUAUGAAUCUUCAACCCCAUAUGUAUAUUUAUCAUCGCCCCAAGUUGUUACUAGUCAGUUGACACCUGUGCCAGGUUCAAAGCAGGUUACACCCGUGUAUACAACCCAGACAGGAUCCUCUGUCCCUUUCACUUUGCAAGGAUUACUCCAGGGUCAAGAUUCAACAAGUCAGGUUGUUUAUGGUUCUUCAUUCCCAUACGUAUUUGUAUCGACGCCCCAAGUUGUUACUAGCCAGUUGACACCUGUGCCAAGUUCAAAGCAGGUUACCACUGUCUAUGGCACUCAGACUGAUUCUUCGGCUCCCUUCACUCUGCAAAAACUACUUCAGGGUAAAGGUUCAACAAGCCAGGUUGUUUCAGAACCUUCAACCCCGUAUGUAUCUGUAUCAUUGCCACAAGUUGUAACUAGUCAGACGUAUAAAGUGCCAAGUUCGAAGCAGGUAACCUCUGUCUACACCACCCAGACAGGAUCCUCUGCCCCUUUCAGUUUGCAAGAACUACUCCAGGGUCAAGAUUCAACAAGGCAGGUUGUUUAUGAAUCUUCAACCCCAUAUGUAUAUUUAUCAUCGCCCCAAGUUGUUACUAGUCAGUCAGCUGUGCCAAGUUUAAAGAAGAUUACUGCUGUCUAUGAUUCUCAGACGGGUUCUUCUGCUCCUUUUACUUUGCAAGGAAGCACCACCUAUGGUGAAUUAAUCCAGCCUCAAAAUGCCAAAGAUGCGUCUUCUACGGGAUCUUCAUCCGCUGUCCUCCAGACCUCAACCGGUGACUCUUCUAAUCCUUCGAGCAGCUUUUCUACCCUAAAACGUUAUUACUCUGUUAAGGAUUAGGAAACCGUUAAACUGCCAUCUGAUGCAAUGUUCUUUAAUUUCCAAUAAAAUUUUCAAGUUUCCCAAG